AUGUGUAAGUAUAUAUAUUUUGCUAAGUACAAUAUAUUUCUAAUAAAUUUCAUCUAAUUAUUCAAUGAUUUAUUAAGAUAUAAAAAAAUAGAAAAUAUUAAUUAUAAUAUAAACUUUUAAUAAUCUUACAAUAAACUUUUCAGAGAUUUAGUUAUGGAUGCUUCAAAAGAUGCAUUAAUAUGUCGUUUAUGUGGUGUAAAUCUUACAGAAGGAAAGCAUGAAAGUAUUUUUGGAGGUUCAACAGAUUUAAUACAUAAAAUAAAGGAAACAUUACCAAUAACAAUAUCUAUUGAUGAUAGUGGCUCAAAGUAUGUAUGUUUAUCAUGUUAUGAUAAAAUCAUUUUUUACUACAAAUUUAUUCAAGAAGUAUUAGAAUAUUCCAAAAAAUUGGAGAAGACAUCGCAAAUAAAAUCCUUUUUUAAUCUUUCUAAAGAAGUAACAGACUUUUCUCAGAUACAUAGUGAUGCUGUGUAUACAUGUCCAAAUUGUAAUGUAGAUUUAAUGAUUUUAUUAGUUAGUAAUUCUCAAAGCUGUGAUUAUACCUUCCAAAUCUCAUUAGCUAUGGUAAAUCAUUCUGAAAAAAAACAUAUUCCAAAAGAAAAGUAUAUAAACGUACAUAAAGAUAUAGUACAUUUUAAUGAUGCUAAAAAUAAUAUACAUAUAAAACAAGGAAACAAAACAACAAUUGAUGAAAAUAUUGAAAAUACAACUAAUCAAGUAAAUCUAACAUUACCUGUUUUACAAGAAGAAAAUUUAAACUGUAUCAAUGAAUUAUCUGGCAAAGAAAACUUAAAAAUUGAGGUAGAGGAAGAAUUAAGAAAAAAUUUUAAAGAAGAAACAUUGCAUGUAUCUAGUAAUUUACUUGAUUAUGAUUAUGAUUCUACAGAUCUAUUAGUAAAAAAUGAACCUGAAAGUGAUAAUGCUUAUUGGAUAGAUAGUGAAACUGAUUACAAAAGUGAGAAAGAUACAUGUGUAACUAAAUCACAAGACAUGCUUGAAAAAGAUGAUAUACAAGAUGAAAAUGAUAUAUAUAAAUCUUGUUUAAAGUAUGUAUGUAAAUUAUGUGGAGCCCGUUAUCUUUCACAUUUAAAAUAUGAAUUUCACAUGGAAAGGCAUAAAUUAGGUAAAAUAGAUAAAUACGAAUGCACUCUAUGUGAUAAAGAAACAAGUAAUGAAAAUUUAUUAUGGGAUCAUUAUUUCCACAUACACAAAAGUUUACAACGUUAUAUUUGUAUAGAAUGUGGCAAAUUAUUUACAAAACGAUCUAGACUAAAUGGGCAUCAAAAAAAUUAUAAACAUUCUGGUGUGAAACAAAUACAAGUUGGUACUAGUGAAGAUACUAUUAGUGAAGAUGUCAUACAAAAAGCUAUAGCAACAACAAAACAAGAAAAAGUAUCUAUAAAUUGUAAUCUUUGUGGCAAAUUGAUCUCAGAUUUAGAUCCGGAUGCUAUUAAUGACUUAGUUACAUGUGUUACUUGUGAAGAUACUACACUUUCUUUGAUGAUAGAUGGAAAUGAAACAAAAGUCAUUUCGCCACGUCAAUAUCAUUGUUCUAAAUGUCCUAAACAUUUUGUAAGAAAAGAAAGACUAGAAUUUCAUGAAAUGAGACAUAAUGAAAAUAUGAAUGAAUUUAUCUGUAGUACUUGUGGAAAAGAUUUUAGAGCAGAAAAUUCUUUAUAUGAACAUUAUCUUUUUGUUCAUAAAGGAGCAAGACCUCACAUUUGUGAAUUAUGUGGCAAGUCAUUUCAAUUGAAAGCUAGAUUAAAAGAACAUCAUCGAAUUCAUACAGGAGAAAGGCCAUAUCAAUGUGAUAUCUGUGGUCAACGAUGUAGAACUACAAAUGCUUUGAAACUUCACAGAAAAAUUCAUUUUUCUUAUAAUAGAUAUACUUGUAAUAUAUGUAAUAAAUCAUUCAGUAAAAAGCAGAAUAUGAAUGAACAUUUAGAAAAGCAUUGGAAAAAUGAUAAAAGUGUAACAUUACCACAAUUAUUUACAUGCCCAAUUUGUAUAGAAGAUUUUCCGACAUAUCGCAUGUUAAAAUAUCAUAUGGUAGAAGAUCAUGAAAUAAAUAAUCAGGAUCCAAUUCUGACAAAACAAAAACCAUGGUACGAAUGUGCAGAAUGUAAUGAGAAAUUUAAACAUCAGAUGUCUUUAAAAGCACAUAAAGAAAAAAUACAUGAAGGAAGAGUAAAUCCUACUUAUCAAUGUGACAUAUGUGAUGCUACAUAUAGAGUAAAACAACUUUUAGUAAAUCACAUUAAAAGUAAACAUAAUGGCGAAAGACGUUAUAAAUGUGCACAGUGUGAAAAAGGAUUUAAUGACACGAAAUCUUUAUAUAAUCAUGUAUUAUUACACACUGGAAAAAAACCAUUUGUCUGUGAAUAUUGUAAUAUGAGUUUUAGAAGAAAAGACUCCCGAGAUCAUCAUCGCAGAAAACAUACUGGUGAACAACCUUAUCAAUGUCCGGAUUGUGGGGAAUCGUUUUCUACUUACAAUAAUCGAUCUAAACAUCGAAAAAGAGAACAUGGAGAAGGAGAUCCUGAAUGUCCAGAGUGUGGACAAAGAUGUAAUAAUCAACAAGAAAUUAGAAUACAUUUAAAUAAACAUUUGGGAGAAAAAUUAAAAAAAUUACAAAAUACAGAAUCUGAGAAGAUAUAA